ACUAGCAGUUUGUGUGUGGAGCCAGGGGUGCGUCGGAUUACGCAGUUUAUUCAAUCAAUUCAUUGUAACAAACCGCAUUUAAAGUUCAGUAGCGGUAACGGCGUUGUAACGAAUGAAACGUACUUCUAUACUACACGGACACCACACGUUUCAUCACGGAGAAGAAAAGGUCUCCAGUCUACUAUGGAUGAAGAGAGAGAGGAGGGGGGUCCCAUCUCUAAAACCUCUGGGGAACAUGGCUGCCAGAGCAAAUCUAAGAGAAGUGUCCAGCAAGAGAGAGCAGACUCCCCUGGACCCAGCUGUGUCUCCUUGAAGAGCGACCGCUCUAUGCAUCAUCCUCCUGACCUUAAAGAUGGACGCCCCUCCAGAGAGGAAGGAAGUGUCCAGCAAGAGAGAGAAGACUCCCCUGCACCCAGCUGUGUCUCCAUGAAGAGUGACUGGUCCAUGGGUCAACCUCCUGACCUUAAAGAUGGACGCGCCUCCAGAGAGGAGAGGCAACCCCAGGAGAGUUCAAAGGUUACCAGUGCUCAGGUUGUACAGCCGCAUCAAUCAGAGCUGAUCAAGAGGGCUGAGGAGAACGCACAUGCUUUUCUAGACAAGGAGCUGAAGAAGAUCUGGAGGGAACUCUUCCCAGAUUACCCACAAUGUUCAGAGAGCCAGAGGGAGGAGGAGGAUGCUAAGAACGAGGAGCAGAGGAGGCGUGCCAUUGAGGGAGUGGUGGACAUCACAAAGCUCUGCCUGAUGGAGAUGAACCAGGACGAACUGGCCGACAAGCUCGGGCGUGGAGUUGCUGCUGUCCAGUGCCAACAUAAACUCAAGUCUCAUCUGAAGAAGAAGUUCCAGUGUGUGCUUGAGGGAAUCGCAAAAGCAGGAGGGCAGAGACCUCUGAAUGAGAUCUAUACAGAGCUCCUGAUCACAGAGAGAGGCAGUGGAGAGGUCAACAUGGAACAUGAGGUCGGACUGAUUGAAAAGGCAUCCAGGAAAACAGGAAAUGAGGAAACACCAAUCAGAUGUGAAGACAUAUUUAAACGCUUACCUGCAUGGUCUCAAGAUAAACCAAUAAGAACAAUAAUGACAACCGGAGUGGCCGGCAUUGGCAAAACCUUCUUAACACACAAGUUCACUCUGGACUGGGCUGAAGGCAAAACCAACCAAGAGAUAAACUUCACAUUUCUCCUCACUUUCAGAGAUCUGAAUUUACUGAAAGGGAAAGAGUUUAGCUUAGUGGAACUUCUUCAUCAGUUUUCUCUUGAAACCGAAGAUUCAGGAACCUACAUAUCCGACCAUGAGCAAGUAGUCUUCAUCUUGGAUGGUCUGGAUGAGUGUCGACUUCCUCUGGACUUCAAGAACAACCCGAUCUGGUCUGAUGUCACCGAGCCGACCUCAGUGGACGUGCUGCUGACAAACAUCAUCAGGGGAGACCUGCUCCGCUCUGCUCACAUCUGGAUAACCACACGCCCUGCGGCAGCCAAUCGGAUCCCUGCUGAGUGUGUUGACAUGAUGACAGAGGUUAGAGGGUUCAACGACCCACAGAAGGAGGAGUACUUCAGGAAGAGAUUCAGAGAGGGGACACUGGCCAGCAAAAUCAUCUCUCACGUCAAGAAAUCUCGAAGCCUCCACAUCAUGUGUCACAUCCCAGUCUUCUGUUGGAUCACUGCUACAGUUCUAGAGGACCUCUUCAAAACAUCCCAGGGAGGAGAACAGGUGCCCAAGAACGUGACUCAGAUGUACAGCCACUUCCUGAGGGUUCAGUCCAUACAAGGGGACAGGAAGUAUCAUGGGAGAGCUGAAACCGAUCCACCCUGGAGUUCAGAGAGCAAGGAGAUCAUUGUUUCUUUGGGGAAACUGGCUUUUGACCAGCUGGAGAAAGGCAACCUGAUCUUCCACGAAGCAGACUUGAAGGAGUAUGAUAUUGAUAUCAAAGCAUCCUCAGUUGACUCAGGAGUGUUCACCCAGAUCUUUAAAGAGGAGUGUGGGCUGUCCCAGGAAAAGGUUUUCUGCUUUGUCCAUCUGAGCAUCCAGGAGUUUAUGGCUGCCCUUUAUGUAUUUCUGCACCAUAUCAAAAAUGGUGUCAACCUACUCUCAGAAGAACUGCCAACAUCCGGGGAAGCUGAACUCCUCCUCUACCAGAGUGCUGUGGACAAGGCCUUACAGAGUGAAAACGGACACCUGGACUUGUUCCUCCGCUUCCUCCUCGGCCUCUCUCUAGAGACCAACCAGAUGCUCCUACAAGGUCUGCUGGGACCAGGAGGAAAUACAUUACUGGGCAAUCUAACUAAAAAAGUUCAGCCGGGAAAGACCGGAAGUAGGUCACGGAUCAAUACCCAAAUAGUCCAUUACAUCAAGGAGAAGAUGGGUGAAGAUCUCUCUCACGAGAGAAGCAUCAAUCUGUUCCACUGUCUGAAUGAGCUGAACGACCGUUCUCUAGUGGAGGAGAUCCAACUGUACCUGACAUCAGGAAGUAUCUCCACAGAAUCUCUCUCCUCUGCUCAGUGGUCAGCUCUGGUCUUCAUCUUACUGACAUCAGAAGAGGAGCUGGACGUGUUUUACCUGAAGAAAUACUCUGCUUCUAAGGAGGGUCUUCUGGGGCUGCUGCCAGUGAUCAAAGCCUCCAAAACAUCUCUACUGAAUGGCUGUAGGCUGUCAGAGAGAUGCUGUGAAGCUCUGGCCUCAGUUCUCAGCUCCAACUCCUCUAGUCUGAGAGAGCUGGACCUGAGUUCCAAUGAUCUUCAGGAUUCAGGAGUGAAGCUGCUCUCUGCUGGACUGGGGAGUCCACACUGUGCCCUGGAAACUCUCAGACUGAAUUGCUGUCAUCUGUCAGAGGGAUGCUGUGAAGCUCUGGCCUCAGCUCUCAGCUCCAACUGUCCAACCUCUAGUCUGAGAGUGCUGGACUUGAGUACCAAUGAUCUGAAGGAUUCAGGAGUGAAGCUGCUCUCUGCUGGACUGGGGAGUCCACAUUGUAAACUAGAAACUCUCAGGCUGAGUGGCUGUCAGCUGUCAGAGGAAUGCUGUGAAGCUCUGGCCUCAGUUCUCAGCUCCAACUCCUCUAGUCUGAAAGAGCUGGACCUGAGUACCAAUGAUCUGCAGGAUUCAGGAGUGAAGCUGCUCUCUGCUGGACUGGGGAGUCCACACUGUACACUGGAAACUCUCAGGUUGUCUGGCUGCCUGAUCACACAGGAAGGCUUUGCUUCUCUGGCCUCCGCUCUGAGCUCCAACCCCUCCCAUCUGAGAGAGCUGGACCUGAGCCACAAUCACCCAGGAGACUCAGGAGCUACGCUGCUCUCUGCUGGAGUGGAGGAUCCACGCUGGAGACCGGACACUCUCAGUGUGGAGCACGGUGGAGUGUUGAGGCUGAAACCAGCUCUAAAGAAGUAUGCCUGUGAACUCACACUGGACCUAAACACAGCCCACAGACGACUCUCUCUGUCUGAGGACAACAGAAAGGUGACACGGGUUGAAGAGGACCAGUCGUAUCCUGAUCACCCAGAGAGAUUUGACUACUGGAGACAGGUGUUGUGUAAAGAGGGUCUAACUGGCCGCUGUUACUGGGAGGUAGAGUGGGAAGGAGAGGUUUAUAUAGGAGUGGCAUACAGAGGAAUGACAAGGAGAGGAGGGGGUAAUGACAGCGGGCUGGGAUGGAACAACAAGUCCUGGAAUCUUGUUUGUCGUGAUCGUGGUUACGUUGCCGGUCACAACGGUAGUGAUACAGCCAUACGUUUCCCCCCCGCUGGCUCUAACAGAGUAGGAGUGUAUCUGGACCGGCCUGCUGGCACUCUGUCCUUCUACAGAGUGUCCUCAGGUGUAGGAGGGUCCUCAGACGCACUGACACACCUCCACACCUUCCAGUCCACCUUCGCCAAGGAGGUCCUCCUCCCUGGGUUUUGGUUGGAUGAGUGUGGUUCCUCAGUGUCUCUGUGUCCAUUGUAGCCCGAUUUCAACCCAACAUUUAUUUAAACACAUAUGUAACUUUGUACACAUUUGUUACUAGGCCUACUCAGCUAAAUAUAUAUGUAAGGGAUAAUGUAUAGAACGCCGGUCAUUAUCGGGAAAAUAAGCCCCGAUAGGGCGAACAGUACACCAACAGUACAACAGUACACCGACGCGCAGCGAAGGCGUCUUGCUUCGCCCUGAAGGGGCUUAUUUUCGAAAAUGACCGGCGACGUUCUAUGCAUGAUCCCGCUUAUAACACGGCUACUUGCCAAAACUAAAAAAAUAACUUUACAUGGUGCGCCUUUUUACAAUUUAUUCGUUACCAGCAUCCAUUCAUCAUUUUUUCACAAUGUCUUGUUUUUAAAAGAUGUAUGAUGACUUUAAGCUCUGUAAGGUGACCUUGGGUGCCUUGAAAGAGGCCUCUAAAUUAAAUGUAUUAUUAUUAUUAUUAUUCGUAGUGUUGAUCAGCAGAGCAAUAAUAAAUUGUCCGCAAAGACUAUGACGUCGCUUAGCAACAGAAGACAUUGGGGUUAAAAAGUCACCGGACUAGCUACCAAAGUGAACAGAGUGUUCCACGGCAUUGAGAAGACCUGUGUAAUAAAGGCCUAUAAUAUUUCUGUUUAUGGCAUAGAUUUCUCCUCAGAUAAGGCCAAUAAACCAAUGAUAAAAAUAAAAAUAAAAACGCUUGAUCCAAGGCCCGGCCCGACCCGAGGAUAGUGGUGGGAAAUAUCGGAGAAGGAUGCACUUAUUGUGCAGCAGGACGCAGGGUGCAAGUGCAGUUGGAAGUGGUCAUGGCUAAAAUUAGAAGCCACGACUGAGGUGAAUACAGUGAAGCAUAACUUUCCACUGUCUGACUUUUUCCAAAAGAUUGAGAAAAAAGGAUGUGCUAAAUGCACACAUGGCAUUAAAGAAAUUAAUUAUGCCAGCAGGGUGUACAUGCCCUGUAUGCACACUGUAAGGCAGACAUUCAUCGGAGUAAAGUGACAACAACAAUAACUACACAAAGUGUUGCACAGCUUCUCCGAAACCCUCUUCCAGAAACCCCCUAAGCAGCAGAUAAGAUCAGGGACAGUGCCAGGCCUACACUGCCAGUACCUGUACCUGUGAUCGCAUAUCCAAUGCAGAGGUGUGGGUUUGUGUGUGUGUGUGUG